AUGGGCCAAUUCUUGGCGGAUGAGCUCACAGCUCUGGGAGCCGAGGUGGAGCAACGUCCUCUGGGCAAGCAGCCUGGAAAGGAACACCUGGAGCUGCCCCCGGUUGUGAUCGCUAGAUACGGAAAUGAUAAGAACAAGAAGACCAUCCUUGUCUAUGGACAUUAUGACGUGCAACCCGCAUUGAAGGAGGACGGCUGGGCCACCGAGCCCUUCGAGUUGACCAUCGAUGAGAAGGACCGCAUGUACGGCCGAGGCUCCACCGAUGACAAAGGUCCCGUUCUGGGAUGGCUCAACGUGAUCGAUGCUCACCGCAAGGCCGGCAUCGAGUUCCCCGUGAACCUGCUGUGUUGCUUCGAGGGCAUGGAGGAAUAUGGCUCGGAGGGUCUGGAUGACUUUAUCAAGGCGGAGAGCAAGAAAUACUUCAAGGACACCGACGCCGUCUGCAUUUCCGAUAACUACUGGCUCGGCACCGAGAAGCCUUGCUUGACCUACGGCUUGCGUGGUUGCAAUUACUAUUCCAUCAGCAUUUCCGGCCCUGCCCAGGACCUGCACUCCGGUGUCUUCGGAGGCUCUGCCCACGAGCCCAUGACUGAUUUGGUCAACGUUCUGUCUAAGCUUGUUGAUCCCCAAGGUAACAUCUUGAUCCCCGGUCUCAUGGACCUGGUGGCCCCCCUCACCGAAGAGGAGAAGACCUUGUACCCUGACAUCAGCUACACCAUGGACAACUUGCACGAGUCGCUUGGUGCGGAGACUGGAAUCCACGCCACCAAGGAACGCACCCUCAUGGCUCGUUGGAGAUACCCUUCUCUCUCUAUUCACGGCGUUGAAGGCGCCUACUCGGCCCCCGGCGCCAAGACCGUCAUCCCCGCCAAGGUCAUUGGUAAAUUCUCGAUCCGUACCGUGCCCAACAUGGAGAGCGAAGAUGUAAACAAGCUGGUCUUUGAUCACAUCAAGGCUGAGUUUGCCAAACUGAACAGCAAGAACACUAUGGAUGUGUGGCUGCAGCACGAUGGCAAGUGGUGGGUCGCCAGCCCUAAGCACUGGAACUUCUCUGCUGCAGGCAAGGCUGUGAAGCAGGUCUUUGGCGUUGAGCCCGAUAUGACCCGUGAAGGUGGAAGUAUCCCUGUCACCUUGACUUUCGAGGAGGCUACUGGCAAGAACGUCUUGCUUCUCCCCAUGGGCAGCUCGACCGACGCCGCUCACUCUGUCAACGAGAAGCUUGACAAGCGCAACUACAUCGAGGGAACUAAAUUGCUGGGAGCUUACCUGCACUACGUUGCCGAAGAGCCCACCGUAUAA